AGCGCCAUUCUAACUGCAACAGGAUCCAAAAUGGCAGGAGCCGAUGGAGACGACUCUCUCUACCCUAUCGCCGUCCUCAUCGACGAGCUGAGAAAUGAGGACGUCCAGCUGCGUCUUAACAGCAUCAAGAAGCUUUCCACUAUUGCUCUCGCCCUUGGUGUUGAGAGGACUCGCACCGAACUCCUCCCUUUCCUUACAGACACCAUCUACGAUGAAGAUGAGGUGCUUUUGGCAUUGGCUGAGCAGCUUGGCAAUUUCACAAUGUUGGUUGGAGGGCCCGAGUACGUCCACUGUCUCCUGCCCCCCUUGGAGAGUCUUGCAACAGUGGAAGAGACUGUGGUCAGAGACAAAGCUGUUGAAUCCCUGCGAAAGAUCUCUCAGGAGCACUCUCCAGUUGACCUGGAGGUCCACUUUGAGCCUUUGGUGAAGCGGCUGGCUAGUGGUGACUGGUUCACCUCUCGCACAUCAGCCUGCGGCCUCUUUAGUGUAUGUUAUCCUCGUGUCUCCAGCACUGUCAAGGCUGAGAUCCGUCAGCAUUUUCGUACCUUGUGCUCAGAUGACACUCCUAUGGUGCGUCGUGCUGCAGCAUCCAAGUUGGGGGAGUUUGCUAAAGUCCUGGAGCCAGAAUAUGUAAAAAGUGACAUCAUCUCCCUCUUCACUGCUUUGGCCUCAGAUGAGCAGGACUCAGUGCGGCUGCUCGCAGUCGAGGCUUGUGUCAGCAUUGCCACCCUGCUGCCUCAGGAGGACCUUGAGGCGUUGGUGAUGCCCACUCUGCGCCAGGCAGCAGAAGAUAAGUCCUGGAGGGUCCGCUAUAUGGUGGCUGACAAGUUCUCCGAGCUCCAAAAAGCAGUUGGCCCGGAGAUCACAAAGAAUGACUUGGUCCCGGCCUUCCAGAAUCUUCUGAAAGACUGUGAAGCUGAAGUACGUGCUGCUGCAGCCAACAAAGUCAAAGAAUUCUGUGAGAAUCUCCCAGAGGACAAUCGUGAGCAAAUCAUCAUGACUCACAUCUUGCCGUGCGUCAAGGAACUUGUUUCAGACACCAACCAGCAUGUGAAGUCGGCCCUCGCCUCAGUUAUUAUGGGCCUUUCGACCAUCCUGGGAAAGGACAACACAAUAGAGCACUUGCUGCCGCUCUUCCUGGCUCAGCUAAAAGAUGAGUGCCCAGAGGUGCGUCUCAAUAUCAUCUCCAACCUAGACUGUGUGAACGAGGUGAUCGGCAUUCGCCAGCUCUCCCAGUCGCUGCUGCCUGCCAUUGUGGAGCUCGCUGAGGACGCAAAGUGGAGGGUCCGCCUUGCCAUCAUCGAGUACAUGCCCUUGCUGGCAGGACAGCUGGGAGUUGAAUUUUUUGAUGAGAAGCUCAACACCCUUUGCAUGGCCUGGCUGAUUGACCACGUAUAUGCCAUCCGUGAGGCAGCCACCUGUAACCUGAUGAAGCUUGUGGAGAAGUUUGGAGCUGAGUGGGCUCAGAACACGAUCGUCCCCAAAGUGCUCGGCAUGGCCAACGACCCCAAUUACCUCCACAGGAUGACCACUCUGUUCUGCAUCAAUGCUCUAUCAGAGGCAUGUGGCCAGGACAUUACAACGAAGCAGAUGCUGCCAGUGGUCCUGAAGAUGUCCAAUGACCAGGUGGCCAACGUACGCUUCAACGUGGCCAAGUCUCUUCAGAAGAUCGGCCCGGUCCUGGACAGCAAUGCCCUUCAAACGGAAGUGAAGCCAGUGCUGGAGAAGCUGGCCUCCGACACAGACAUGGAUGUCAAGUACUUUGCCCAGGAGGCCAUUAGUGUUCUGGCCCUAGCGUAACCAACCCAACAUCAGUAAACCAGAAACCCCCCCAGAAGCAAAAGCAUAAACACUUUUACAAGAUAUUUAUUGAUGUUCAGGAACAACUGGUUAAUGUAUAGAGAAGCUGUUAGCAAUUGUUUUAUUGUUUUUUUUUCCCCCUCCACCCCCCUUUUUUUUGUUUUUUACACUGUCCAGUGGUAGUCCACAUCCAGGCAGAGUACAGGCUCCUCUUUGCUGUAAAUGGGUGCUUUUACACAGGCAGGGUGUGAUGAAAUUGAAUUAAGUGAUGAAUGUGGACUGGUGUGCUACUGUACUAGUCGUCUCUAACAAGAACCCCUCACACAUUCCUCCCUCACCUUCCUGGUCCACCGUUGUGCUUCAGGCAGCCGUAGUUACAUUCUAGCUCUCUGCUGCUGCACUUUCUUUUUUCUUUUGCCUUUUUUUUUUUUCCUCCCAGUGCUAGAUGGAAAUCUUUAGCUGCAGAUGGUGCAACAAGCUGUUUAUUUUUCUGAGUGUCCUCCUGAAUCAGCCCUUUGACAGUGCUCUUUUCCCAGAGACACUGGUGUGGCUCUUCCAAGAACUGAUUGAAAGGUCCUUGAAGGUCUUGAAAGCUUUUUUUUUUUUUUCUCCUCUUUCACCAGACCAAACCUGUUCUGUUCUUCUAAACGCUUUUCAGGACUGUAAUGUACUAAGUGCUGACAUAGAAAUAACAGGGUGUCUACUUCUGCAUGUAAUCCAGUGAUCCUUCUUGAUGAUUGCAUGUACUUUUUAAUCUCAAAUAGAUUACUUUCUGAACAACCUUCUACUAGAACCUUGUUCUGUGCAGCAAAACGGAUUGAAUUUGUCAAAUAAAUGGAUUGUCUUGGCCCACUGUAACAGGGACCAGCCCAGUUUUAACGUCUUGCUCAUAAUUAUCCUCCAAAUCUUUGUUUAUAAGCUAGGAGGAGAAGUUGUUGCAAGUUAUUUUCUGCAAUAUGUGCUCAGCAUUGCUCUUAACAUGUCCAAUGGAUUUGAGACCUGGUUUAUCCCUUCACUAUGCGUAGGUAAACGGUGUUUGCCUGCCCCCUUUCUUUAUAAAGACUUAAUUUGUUAAUGUGAUAGAACUAAAUUGACGUCAGCUAUCGUAGCUUGAACGGAACCACAGCCCCUUGUGCCAGCCAGUUUUCCAUUAAGUCUUUGUCCAGUGAACAUGAGGUCUGAAAGCUUAAGAUCAGCGAGUUGCCUCACAGUUGCCUCUCUGGAUCUUUGCUUAAAAAUCUCAACAUGACACAAAACAAGUGCAUGCUUUCAAAAGAAAGUGGGAUGCGGGACUCGGGGCAUGUGUAGCUGCAUAAUGUUUUAUUAUGGGGUGGGAGCUGGGGUGGUUACGGGCGGGUUGAAGAAAUGUGUGUCUUGUGUUUAUAAAAGAAACUUUUGUUUUUCUCUGAACUACUCCUGCUGUUCCUCCCCCCCUCUUCUCAUUCUGUUCUCUUGAAUAAACCUUGAUUGUUGAUUGUCUUGUAUCACAAAAACUAUUUUUAUUUUGAAUUCUCUUCACAGUUGGGAUGCUGUACUACUGUAUCUUGAUCUGAAUAAAGUAACACAGAAAAAAAUA